CGCUCUUGGAGGCUAGUAUGUCAAUCGACUCUAGGUCUGUGCUCGGGCUGAACCACGCCGUUCUCUGACGUACAAAUAGCAAAAAGACUCUUAGCACACCUCCCAAGAUCACUCUGGGACGCUGUUGCUGCCGCGCGCCGAAGCAACUGCUCGAAACGCCCAAUAAUUGGCCAUGCUCUCCGCACUGCAUUGUGCUCUCACGGCCGUCCUGCUGGCCACGACGAAUACGGGUCUCGCGGCCGCCGCGCGGGUCGCCGCGCGCGACACGCCGGCCUACGAAAAGGACGAGGUCAAGGCACUCCCCGGCUGGGACCACGCGCUGCCGUCGCGCCACUUCUCGGGCUACCUACAAGCGUCGCCUACGAAGCGCCUGCACUACUACCUCGUCCAAAGUGAAGGUGACUGGAAUAAGGACCCGGUGGUAUUAUGGUUCAACGGCGGUCCGGGUUGCUCAAGCCUGGACGGCUUCCUCUACGAGCACGGUCCGUUCCGCGUGCAGUACGACGGCAAGGAAGCCUCGCUCGCCCGCUUCGACUAUGCCUGGUCCAAGCUCGCGACGAUGGUCUACAUAGAAGCGCCGUGCGGCGUCGGAUUCUCCUAUUCUACCGCAAAAAACACGAAGCGCGAUUACAACGCUACUGAUGAUACGGCAGCAUUGGAUAAUCUCGCGGCGGUCGAAUCGCUCUUCGACAAGUUCCCGAAGCUUAGAAGCAGAGAUUUGUACAUCACUGGCGAGAGCUACGCUGGCAUCUACGUCCCGACGCUCGCCGAGGCGAUUGUGGCCAAGGGAGCCGCCUACACGGGCGCGAAACUAAAAGGCAUCGCCGUGGGCAACGGCUGCUCGGGCUCCGAGAUCGGCAUCUGCGCCUUUGGGAGAAGCACGCAGGGCUCCUUCUACACCACCAAAUUCCUGCUGUCGAGCGGCUUCGCUCCGGAGACCCUGAAGGACGACCUGCGCGCGGCCUGCGCGGCGGACUUUUCUACGUGGGCCCAAGGUGGCCCCGUCUCGGACGGCUGCUCAUCAAAAGUCGACGAGCUCGGGGCGUUGACGAAGGACCUCGAUACGUAUUGUGUGUACUGCGACUGCCCGGAAAAACCGAAUCCCAUCGACGACGACGACUACGCGACGCGCGGCCAGAUGCAGCUCGCGACGCCCACCAUCGGCACGACGGCCUGCGUCAACACCUACGAGGCCUCAGCUUACCUGAAUCGAGCUGACGUGCGGAAGGCGUUGCACGUCGAGGCCGCAGGCGUGAAGAACUGGAUGGUCUGCGGUAGCGCCGAGGGCUGGCAGUACACGUCCACGCGCCCGAAUUUGCCAAGAGACACGUACCCGAAGCUCAAACAUUUAGAUGUCCUGAUCUACAACGGCGACUGGGACGCGUGCGUGCCGUACACGGACAACGAGGCGUGGACGCUAUCGAUGGGAUACCCUAUCACGAAGCCGUGGCACCCCUGGGAAUAUAAAGACGGGCCGUACCAGCAAAUUGGCGGCUACGCGAUAGAGUUUGACGUGCCGGGGCGCUUCGUGUUCACGACCGUCCGCGGCGGCCGCCACGAGGUGCCGGAGACGGCGCCGGACCGCGCCUUCGAGAUGCUCAAGCGCUUCCUGAACGGGGAGAAGUUCUAGCCGUCCUGUGAUAAGUGAUG